CACACACAUGCCGCACAACAUGGACGGCCUCACCGGCUCCAAAUCCAACUCCCUCCCCCGUCUCCGACGACGCCCACCCUGCCCAAUCCUCAAGUUCAGGGGAGGGUUAGAUUGGAAAACACGGAAUUUAAAUUAAUCAAUAUUUUAUAAAUAAAUUCGAAAAGAAAAAUAUUUCUAAGGUGAAACCAAAAUCCACAGCACACUAUGCUAUGCUAUGCUCUCUAAUCCGUUUCCGCCGUUACGCUCCUUCCUACCGCACUCUCCACUCUCUCUUUCCGACGAUUAACCGUUUCUCCUCCUCCGUCUCCUCCGCCUCCGCCGCCAUGGUUGCUCACGCGAAGGACGAGGCGUACCUCAGCGCGACGAUUCCGAAACGCAUCCGUCUCUUCGAGACCAUCCUGGCGGAGCAGCACACUCAGCGCCUCUCGCUCUCCCCGGAUCCUAUCAAGGUUACUCUCCCCGACGGCAGCGUCAAGGAGGCGAAGAAGUGGCAUACGACGCCGCUUGAUGUUGCGCGUGAAAUCUCGAAGAAUUUGGCCAACAGCGCGCUCAUCGCGAAGGUCAAUGGCGUGCUCUGGGACAUGACUCGCCCUCUCGAGGACGAUUGCCAGCUCCAGAUCUUCAAGUUCGACGACGACGAAGGCCGCGACACCUUCUGGCACUCCAGCGCCCACAUUCUCGGCCAGUCACUUGAGACGGAGUAUGGAUGCAAGCUCUGCAUUGGGCCUUGCACUACAAGAGGAGAGGGAUUCUAUUAUGAUGCAUUUUACGGGGAGUUGGGUCUCAAUGACGAUCACUUUAAGCAGAUUGAGGCUGGAGCAUUGAAGGCUGUUGCGGAAAAGCAACCCUUUGAGCGUAUUGAAGUUACACGUGAUCAGGCACUUGAGAUGUUUUCAGAUAAUAAGUUUAAGGUUGAGAUUAUCAAUGAUUUGCCUGCCGACAAAACUAUCACAGUAUACAGAUGUGGCCCCUUGGUUGAUUUGUGUCGUGGACCCCAUAUACCUAAUACAUCCUUUGUCAAAGCAAUUGCGUGCUUAAAGGCUUCAUCAGCAUAUUGGAGGGGGGACAAAGAUCGGGAAAGUUUACAAAGAGUUUAUGGCAUAUCUUAUCCUGAUCAGAAAAGUCUAAAGGAAUACUUGCAUCGGCUGGAGGAGGCUAAAAAGUAUGAUCACAGGAUUUUGGGUGUGAAACAGGAGCUUAUUCUUCAUCAUGAAUGGAGCCCGGGAAGCUGGUUUUUUCUUCCGCAAGGCACUCGGAUCUACAACAAACUCAUGGACUUCAUUCGGAAUCAGUACAGAGACAGGGGCUAUCAAGAGGUCAUAUCUCCCAAUGUAUUUAACAUGGAACUGUGGGUGCAAUCUGGUCAUGCUGCAAAUUAUAGGGAGGAUAUGUUUAUCUUAGAGGUUGACAAACAAGAGUUUGGGUUGAAACCAAUGAAUUGCCCAGGGCACUGCCUGAUGUUUAAACACAGGGUUCGAUCAUAUAGAGAACUUCCUCUUCGUUUCGCUGAUUUUGGGGUUUUGCAUCGGAAUGAGGCUAGUGGCGCCCUGAGUGGAUUAACACGUGUUAGGAGAUUCCAGCAGGACGAUGCACAUAUUUUCUGCAGGGAGUCCCAGAUAAAGGAUGAAGUGAGGAACAGCUUGAAUUUCAUCAAUUAUGUCUAUAAGAUAUUUGGUUUCACAUAUGAGCUGAAGCUUUCAACGAGGCCAGAAAAAUACCUAGGAGAUAUUGCAACUUGGGACAAAGCUGAAAGUGCUCUUAAAGAAGCUUUAGAUGAUUUUGGCAAGCCUUGGCAGUUGAAUGAAGGGGAUGGUGCAUUCUAUGGACCAAAGAUAGACAUCAGUGUAUCUGAUGCAUUGGGUAGGAAAUUCCAGUGUGCAACUUUGCAGCUUGACUUCCAGCUUCCUGAUCGUUUUAAGUUGGAAUUCUCAGCUGAGGAUGAAGCCAAAAUUGAGAGACCUGUAAUGAUACACAGAGCCAUUCUAGGAUCUGUUGAACGCAUGUUUGCCAUACUUUUAGAGCACUACAAGGGUAAAUGGCCUUUCUGGCUCAGUCCUCGUCAAGCAAUUGUAUGCCCUGUGUCUGAAAAGUCACAAGCUUAUGCAUUACAGGUGCGAGAUCAGAUCCACCAAGCAGGGUAUUACGUUGAUGCUGAUACAACUGAUAGGAAGAUUCAAAAGAAGGUGCGAGAAGCACAAUUAGCACAAUACAACUACAUCUUGGUUGUUGGAGAGGAGGAAGCUAAUACAGGACAGGUGAGUGUACGAGUUAGAGACUUGGCAGAACAUAAGGUUAUGAGUAUUGAGAAGCUACUUGAACAUUUCAGAGACAAAGCUGCAGCUUUCGAAUGAUACUUUGCAUGUGAAAACUGUCGAAGAAAAUUUUCAGCCCCAAAUACCUUAGUUUUACACAGUUGUGUGCGCAUUUUGAUUUUCAACUUAAGCAAUUUAUCCUGAUUUUAUUUAUGAUUUGAAUGAUCACUGUAUUUCGCACUAGAAACAUAAUGUGAAUCUUGGUCAUACCUGGAGCGCACUCUGGUUGAUCUUUAUAUCGUUUUUGUCUACGUUCCGAGCUUUAUAUCAGCAUUAGAGUUUACAUGUCA